UAUCACGUUGGACGCACGUUUGUAUACUUGUCCAAAUUAUUACUCUUUCCUUUUUCUUUCCCCGCUUGAAAUCAACCUUAACUAAUGUCUAAUUUAAGUAGUAUUAUGUAUAGACGGCUCAAAUGGGCUUCAUAUAUUUGCUUUAGGAACGCAAAUUCUUGUUUUUGGAUUCGAUAUGUGGGUUCAAUUGCAAACUCUUUGUACAAUUGGAACUCAAAAAUUACUAGUUCUUUCAAGAAAGGUGAUGUUGAGGGGGCACGCAAGUUGUUUGAUGAAAUGCCUCAGAGGAAUGUAGUAACUUGGAACUGUAUGAUUUCUGGGUAUGUAAGAAAUGGGAUGCUUCAUGAUGCUCAACAAGUGUUUGACACAAUGCCGAGUAGAAAUGUUGUUUCUUGGACAGCCUUGUUAAGUGGGUAUGCAAAGAAUGGGAAUUUACAAGUGGCACGGCGGAUGUUUGAUGGAAUGGAUGAUAAGAAUGUGGUUUGCUGGAAUUCAAUGAUCUCGGGGUACGUGAGCAAUGGGAGAAUAGAGGAAGGUAGAGCGUUGUUUGAUGCAAUGCGGAUUAAGAAUGAUGUAUCGUAUGGGAUUAUGAUUGAAGGAUACUUCAAGUAUGGGGAUGUGAGUGAAGCUGAGAGGUUGUUUAGUGAAGCACCAGUGAAAAGUGUGACACUUUGUAAUGUUAUGUUAGCAGGUUAUGCUGAAAUGGGGCGGACUGAGGAUUCGUAUAAGUUAUUUAUGAGAAUGGCUAGGUGUGAUGUGGCAUCUUGGACUAGUAUGAUUACGUGUUUUUUAAGAGCCAGGGAGGUGGAAAAAGCUAGAAGGUUGUUUGAGGACAUGCCUGACAAGGAUGUCGUGGCUUGGACUGCCAUGAUUAAAGGGUAUUGUGAAAACAAUAACGUGGAGGAGGCAGGAAAACUUUUUGCUGCAAUGCCUCAAAAGGAUAAUAUUGCAUGGAAUUCAAUGCUAAGUGGUUAUCUGCAACAUGGAAGACUGCAAGAUGCUCUACACCUGUUUCAUACAAUGCCAUGUAGGAACACAGUAUCAUGGAAUUCGAUGUUGUGGGGUUUCAUUCAACAAGACGAUAUAACUAGUGCUCGAGAGUUGUUUGAGCAGAUGCCUAGAAAAGAUGAAACCUCAUGGAACACUAUCAUUUCAGGAUAUCAAAAUGAGGAAGCUUUGGUUUUAUAUAUCCAGAUGUUGCAAAACAAUUACAGGCCAGAUCAGACCACAUUUUCCAAUGUGGUCUCGUUAUGUGGAGUUCUUUCUUUGUAUGGUUGGGGAAGAGCUUUGCAUGCCAGUGUAACUAAGAGUGGCUUUGAAAAUGAUACAAUGAUUAUGAGUGCAUUCAUAUCCAUGUACUCUAGGUGUGGAUUUAUAUAUGAAGCUUCCUCACUUUUCAGAAGUUUGAAAAAACGAGACACAAUAUCAUGGAAUGCCAUGAUUGUAGCACAAGCAUGUCAUGGUUCGACUAAAGAAGCCCUCGAUCUUUUUCCUUCUAUGAUUCAAGCUGGAUAUGAACCAGACCAUGUAACUUUUCUUGGUGUCCUAACUGCUUGUGCUCAUUCUGGAUUAGUGGACGAGGGUUGGAGCUACUUUGUAUCAAUGGAGAAAAGGUGGAGUAUAAUUCCAAAGUCUGAGCACUAUAACUGCAUGGUUGAUCUCCUUGGGAGAUCAGGGAUGCUAACUGAAGCCUUUGAACUAGUCAAGCAAAUUCCUCUUGAUCUCCCUGCUCAUGCUCGGGAGACAUUACUUAGUUGUUGUAGAGUCCAUGAAAAUUUUGAUUUAAGUGAUCUAGUAGAACAGAAACUUCUAAGCCUUCAGCCUUCUAAUAUUGGAAUGUGUGUGCUUUUAUCAAAUAUGUAUUCUUCAAGAGGAAUGUGGAAAGAUGCAGCUCGUGUGAGAGCACUACUUAAAAAGUAUGAUUUGAAGAAAGAAUUGGCGUGUAGCUGGAUUGAGAUAAAUGGUUGUAUUUCUCAGUUUGUUUCAAAUGACAAAUGCAAUCCUAGAGCAAUGGACAUAUACAAAGCAUUAGGAAGUCUUUCUGCAUUGAUUGAAGAUAGUGGCACAUUAGUUUAUCGGGGAUGUUAUUCAAAAUUCGGUUCUUCAGAAGAAAUUAAUGUUCCCUAACAUAUUUUUUCCCUUUAUUUCAGUCUAUAAAAGUUCCAGAGUAGAAUUUCUGUUUUCCUCUUGGUGAAUCCCUCUGGGAUUGAAAACUUACUCACUAAAAAACCUUUCAAGAUAUUGUGAAGUCUCAUCGAGAGAUGUUGCUUGAUAUCUCUGAUAGAUGCUAGCCCAUUAUGUGCUUCUAUGAAGACCUGCAACCUAAUGCUUGACGAAGGUACACCCGUGAAAGCCACACUUGGGGUGCAAUUAUUGGUGAUAGCUCCGCGUUUUGGAAGGUAAGUUCAAACUUUAAGCUGUUUUGCAUUUUAUAUACGAGAGCUAGAUGAGAAUCUUGAAUAAAGUUGUGCUUGACAGAAGUGAGAAUUGAUUUAAGCUCUUGCAGACGAUAAAUUUCCCAAUGUUAGAGGAACUUUUGAACAGGAUACAAGUAAGUUUUACAUACAAGGUAUGAGAUGUAGGAUAGGAUACAUACAUAUCUUUUGACAUAUGAACUUAGUAAAUUAAGCAUAAAUAAAUACAGAAAACAUAUGCAUAUGUAUAUGUAUGUGUGUGUAUAUUGACACGCGCCCACACACAUAAUAUGUUACAUAUUCACAUAUAGAAUCUUAAUACAUACACGUGUACACAUACUGAGAACAUAUAUUUAUACACACACGUAUACAUGUGUGGGUAGGGAAAAUACAUAUUUUCCUCCUUACUUGUCCCAAAAAAUUUCUUAUACACCUAAACUUUGCGGGCAACCCUUUACCUCCCCGAUCUUGUUUGAAGAGAAUCAGUUACCCCCUUGAGUGAUGAUGUGACAGAAAAAGCGCGUCAUCUGAUGAUAUGUCACCCGACGUUGGAACAUCAAACAUUGCUUAAUCUUAUUUACGAUGGAACAAUGUCGUUCCAUUUAACUUCAUUAAGACCCCAUUUGUUUUGCUUAAGAUUAAGAUGUUUGAUUUUGAAGACAUAUAUGAUUAUUAAAAUAUUAUCUCCAGACCUGAACAGUGAACAAUUAAAAUAGUUUGUUUUUUCCGACUCAAGAAUCUGUGUAAUUUAUCUUUGUUUAAAAACUAAUAUAUAUAAAAUUCCAAUAGACUAAUAACUAAAUGUUAUGUCUGCAAAUAUUUGGAAUAACUAUUAAUAUAUGGUGUUGUAUAAACUAUUUGUUUGAUGAAGCAAACUCUAAAAUAUGUAUGAUUACCAUUUAUUUACCUUGUUUUAUUCCAUAAAUAAAAAUUGCCCUAUUAUAUAGGUAAAUCAAACAACUUAGAUAGAAAAAGAAGUAUCACAAUAUUAAAAAUAUGCACAUAAGAUAGAGGUCAAUAAUUUAGAAUGAAAUAUAAACAUGCAUUUAUAAUUUCACCAGUUAAUUUAGCGCCCUUAAAAUCAUUUUAUUUAGAAGGUUUAUACAUUUAAAAAUCAUAAUUUUGAAUAAAAUAUGAAUUAUAGACAAAGCACUUAAGUUGAAAUAAGGAAUUUAAGUAUUAUAAUAAACAAAUUACAUAUAGUGAGGAUUGAAAAUCUAAGUGCAAAAUAAAUAUUGCUUGGGAUAGGGGAGAAAAUGUCUACGGUUUAAAAUUGGAGGGAGAAUUUGAUUUAAAGGCAAAAGGAGAGGGACAAAACUGAUUUUCUCCCUUAAAACAUUUCUUCAAAGAAAGAAAUAUUUUAUAGAAUAUUAUUUUAACCGGCAUUUAUACUAUUUUGGUUUGGUUUUGAAGAUUUUAUACUCCAUUUGUCCAAAUUUAUAUGACACACCUUCCUUUUUAGUCCGUUCCAUAAAGAAUGACACAUUUCUAUAUUUUGUACUAUUAGUUGUUAUUCUUUCUAUAUUUUGUAUUAAUUUGGUUAAAACAAAUUGAUCAGCAUUACCAUUUUAUUUUUCAUAAACAACCGUCCGCUUUAAACGCAUUUCUUCUUUCCUGUCUGAAAUUGUCCAUCCUAUUGUUUCUCGUUUGCAUCUCCAGGAAAACAGGUUAACCAAAAAAAGUGAAGGAAAAAAAAAAGAA